AUGAAGGACAUCGGUCCGGGUCCUUCGCGUGCCCGAGAGGCCAGACAGCACCGCAAGCCCGACGGCAAGGAAGGUGCUGCUCCCGCUGCCAACACCCGUGACACCGCCACUGCCGGCGCCGCUGCCAACAACCGGGAGAGGCGCGGUCGGGAGGGUGGAGCACCGAGCAACAGCCGGGAGAGGCGCGAAGGCACCGCCGCCGGCGUCAACUCCGCCCCCAGCGGCAGCAGGGAGCCCAGGGACAACACGAGCAAGGACAGCCGGGAAAGGAGGCCCUACGCUCCCCGUGCCAACAACCCGAGGGAGCCCCGUGCCCCGCGCCCCACUCCCGCUGCAGCUGCCGCGAAGGAGGGCGAGGCCGCUCCUGCCCUCGCUGCAGUGCCGCCCGUCAAAGAGCCUUCGCCAUCGUCGGGUGAUGGCAUCCUCUCCGGCGAGGAGGGCGUUGCUGCCCUCCCGACCCCUACCGGGAUCCAUCCCCAGCCUCCUCGCGGCAACUACAACUCGGCCAACAGGCGACCCUAUCCGGCCAACACCAGGAACCCGCAGAACACCACCAGGCGUUACGGAUACCAGGGCGAGGGAUACUAUGACCCUCGUUACCCGCGUCCCAACAAGCCCGAGUCGCUCAGCGAGACCAUUGUGCGUCAAGUGGAGUUCUACUUCAGCGUGAAUAACCUCUGCCGCGACGUGUACCUGCGCAUGCGCAUGAGCCAGGACGGAUGGGUCCCGCUGCAGAUCAUCUGCAACUUCAACAAGAUGAAGCAGCUCACGACCGACAAGAGGCUCAUCCUGGACACGCUCAAGGCCGCCUCGACCAAGCUGGAGGUCGACGAUGCCAAACAGCGUCUCAGGAUCAAGGGUGACUGGGCCACCUGGGUCUUCCCCAAGGAUGAGGAGACCGGUGGCUAUCUGACGGGCGAGGGGCUCAAGUUUUUGUCAAAGGAAGAGGCCGAGGAGCUGCAGAAGGUCCCCGAGCCGCUUCUGGCAUCGGCGCCCCGCGAGGACACCAAGGCCGGCGACAAGCAGGCCCAGGAGGGCAGCCGUCCCACCACCGAGACCACCGCCUCUUCGGCCAAGGAGGACGACUGGCAGCCGGCCAGCCGCAGACGGAAGACCGGCAGCCUUUUGAGGAGGCCGAUCACCCCGAGGGGCAAGGAGGAGGAAACUGAGGACAUCGACGACUCGGAGAUCUCCAACCUGAUCAUCGUCACCCAGUCGCCGAUGAAGGCCCGCCCGAGGACGCGCAGCAAGCCCGAGGAGGAGGGCGAGCUGCCUCACUCGCACGAGCUGAACCACGACGACAUGAAGAAGAUCAACCACGGUCUCUACCUCUACGAGCAGGAGCUGAGGGGAACGGGUAACUCCGAGGACCAGGAGGAGGACGCCAACGGCCAGCCGAUUCCUCGCCGCCUGUAUGCCAUGACGCCCAAGCGCAAGGAGCAGCGCCGCAGGAGGAGGAAGAGUGUGUUGCAGCGCCGCACCACCACCUCCACCCACGGCAACGGAGCACCCGCCGCGCCUCAGACCACGGGACGCGCUGGAUUGACGUCGUCGCAGGUGUACUCUGUGGGCUACAUCAUCGCCAGCCCCAUGAAGUCGUCCAAGUCGAAGGAGCCCGAAUCCGACGCUGCGGACGCACCGGCGGCGGUGUCGACCGACUCGUCCAACAUCCAGCAUCCCUCGCGCGAGCUACUGAAGAAGAACGGCUUCAUUCAGUACAACUACGACAUGUGGCACGACAACUGUGUCAAGGAGAGGAAGGAUCUGGGCGUCGGUCAGUCGAGCGAAAUGAACACGCUCUACCGCUUCUGGUCCCACUUCCUCCGCUCCAAGUUCAACCAGCGCAUGUACGACGAAAUGAAGGAGCUCGCCCUCGCCGACGCCAAACAGGGCUACAGCUACGGACUCGAGAGGAAGUUCCGUGCGGACAUAUUUAAGGACUUCCAGCAAUUGACCGUGGAAGAUUACAACGCGGGGUCACUUUAUGGAUUGGAGAAAUUUUGGGCCUACCUCACGUACGGCAAGGCCAAGUUGGAGAAGGAGGGCGUGCAUCUGGAGAUCAACCCCGAGAUCCAGACGUGGCUCAGCAGGUACCGCACCCUCAAGGACUUCCGCGAGGGUCCCCAGAACUACGACAACGCCGAGCGUCCUGCCCCUGCGACCCAGCCGGAGGCGGCCGCCAACUGA